AUGAACCCCUGCAUUGGGGUAGUUACCCUCUUCCAUGAGAUCCCCUACCAGAAGGCGGAUGAUGGGCGUCCCUUCCCCCAAGUCAUAAAAUCUAAAGCUGGUGGUGUGGGCAUCAAGGCAGACAAGGACGUGGUACCUUUGGCAGGAAUCAAUGGCAAGACCACCACCCAAGGGCUGGAUGGGUUGUCUGAGCGCUGUUACCAGUAUAAGAAGGAUGGAGCUGACUUUGCCAAGUGGCGCUAUGUGCUAAAGAUUGGAGAGCACACCCCCUCAGCCCUUGCCAUCAUGGAAAAUGGCAACGUACUGGCCCGUUAUGCCAGCGUCUGCCAGCAGAAUGGGAUUGUGCCUAUUGUGGAGCCUGAGAUCCUCCCUGAUGGUGACCAUGACCUGAAGCGCUGUCAGUAUGUAACUGAGAAGGUGCAGGCUGCCGUCUACAAGGCUCUGAGUGACCACCACAUCUAUUUAGAAGGCACUUUGCUGAAGCUUAAUAUGGUAACCCUAGGCGACUCCUGCACACAGAAGUUUUCUCAUGAGGAGAGUGCCAUGGCAACUGUUAAAGCACUGCGUUGCACAGUGCCCCCCGCUGUUACUGGGAUCACCUUGGAGAACAUUAAUAAACUUUUCACAAAACACUUGGAGAUUCAGGUAGCAAAACUCAAUCAGGACACUUCUGAACCAGCAGAACAAUGUGGUACAUCACCGGAAAGAGCCAACAAAAGUAUUUAUCAUACUCCCAGUUGGGGAUGAAACUGGCAGAGGGACCUUGAGUUAGAAGGGCAACAUGGACUCCUUCCAGGAGAGAAGCAACCCUUUUCCCAGGAGAGGGAUUUAAGCCAACUCUUGGACAGCUAUGUAGGAAAGAAGUCUGCGUAUACAGAAUGUGGGAAAGGCUUUAAUCGGAGCUCCUAUCUCAAGACAGGUGAGAGGCCAUAUAAAUGCAUCGAGUGUGGGAAAGGCUUCAAACAAAGUUCAGACCUUGUCACGCACUGGCGAAUACACACAGGAGAGAAACCCUACAAAGGCAGUGGCUGUGAGAAAAAAUUCAGCGACAGCUCAACCCUUAUCAAACAUGAGAGAACCCACACAGGUGAGAGACCCCACGAGUGCUCCGAGCGUGGGGAGACUUUUGGGUGGAAGCCUCACGUCAUAAUGCACCAAAGAACCCACACGGGAGAGAGGCCCUACACAUGCCUGCAAUGCCAUAAAAGCUUCAGUCAGAGCUCACAUGUCAUAACCCACCAGAGGACCCACACAGGAGUGAAGCCGUACAGGUGUGAAGACUGUGGAGAGCCCUUUAGCCGGAGUUCAGAUCUGAUUAAGCACCGACGCACUCACACAGGAGAAUGGCCCUUUCAGUACCUGCCGUGUGGAAAGGCCUUUAGGGAGAGCUCUCAUUGCGUAGCUCACUCACAUGAGCACUCUCGCAGGAGAAACCUCUGUCCCGACUGCCACAAACGUUUGAGCCAGAGCUCACAUCUGCUCACACACCAGAGCACACACACCGGCGAGCGGCCGUUUAAGUGCGAUGACUGUGGGAAAGGAUUCGCCGACAGCUCUGCCCUCGUUAAGCACAAGCGGACCCACACAGGAGAAAGACCCUAUAAAUGUGACGAAUGUGGGAAGAGCUUCAACCAGAGCUCCCACUUCAUUACUCACCAACGAAUCCAUUUAGGAGACAGACCCUAUCAAUGUCCUGAGUGUGGCAAAACCUUUAACCAGCAUUCCCAUUUUCUCACCUACCGGAGAACACAUAAAGGGGAAAAGCCUUUUCACUGUAGUGGGUGUGACAAGAGCUUCCGUCAGAAAGCACAUCUUUUAUGUCAUCAAAACACCCAUUUAACUUAG